CUGAGGAGCAGGUCGGUCAGGUUCUUGGGUGCUCUAUUACACAAGCAAGACCAUUCCAGCCAGCCCCGCCUAACUUUGUUUCUUUGGCACCCUUUCCCUCAGUGUAGCACAGUCACACUUAACCCAUCUGUUUUCUCUCAUGCACCGCAGAUUCUUUCCAGUCAGGACAACUUUGGUAUUUGAGUUCCUGUCUGUAAACACAUUCUAGUCCUGAAGGGCAAAGAAAAUACCAUCCAAGUUUGUAAAGACCACUCAGAAUAAAACUCAAGUCUACCUGGAGUAUUAGCUACAUGCCAGACUGAGGUUCCUGUAACAAGGAAAAACAAAACCUGUCUAUCAUCAUUUAUAAACUAAGAUUCAUAGCAAGAAAUGACCAAAAGCAACUGGGAGAAAAUUGGGGACAAGAUUCCUCUUAAUAAAACAAAUAUCAAUGAAAGCUACAAUGUUGACCUUAGCCAAAAUUAUGUUGAUUUCAAUUUUGUUUAUUUUACUGCCACUUGGGAGCUAUGAGGAACAAAAUACAAGAAAAAACAUAUCACAACGCACUCCAGAAGGACUGAAAAUGAUGGAAAAUAAGUCUAUGUCUUUGCUAAGUGAAGUAAAUGCAAAUUCAGAUAAUGUAAAUAGCAAUGCCUCCCAUUCCAAGGCAAGUAAUUCCACUCUUUUGGAUCCAACCAAAACCUAUGGAAAAAUAGAUUCCAGUGGUAACAUUUCAACAGACAACUUUUCUCAAGAUCCAAGACCCAUAUCCACAUUUUCAACAAUGCCACCCUUGAUUCGUGGCUCUGUUUCUAAAUUGAUCUUGAAUUCAUCUAAAACUAAUGAAAAUCUUUUGCCAGUCUCAGCUCGUCCCAGUUUUACACAUGCUGUAUCAUCAGAAAACACGAGUUGGCCUUUGGGCAAUGACACCAUGAACACCCUCGACAACAGUUCCUCUACAGUUAGCAUCCUCCCUCCAGCAUCAACUACCAGAUCUGUGACCCCCGUGGUAAUGGGACCGACUGGAUGGCUUACCACAACCAGUGAAAGCUUUGCUGCUUUCACACCCUACCAAGAAAACAUAACUCCACAGCCCACCUUAAAAUUCACCAAUAAUUCAAAACUUUUUUCAAAUACAUCAGAUCCUCAAAAAGAGAAUAAAAAUACAGGAGUAGUAUUUGGGGCCAUUUUAGGGGCGAUUCUUGGUGCUUCCUUGCUUAGUCUUGUUGGCUACUUGUUGUGUGGAAAAAGGAAAAUGGAUUCAUUUUCCCAUCGGCGACUUUAUGAUGACAGAAAUGAACCAGUUCUGCGAUUAGACAAUGCGCCAGAACCUUAUGAUGUGAGUUUUGGAAAUUCUAGUUACUAUAAUCCAACUGUGAAUGAUUCAUCUGUGCCAGAAAGUCGAGAAAAUGCACACGAUGGCAUUCCCAUGGAUGACAUUCCUCCACUCCGUACCUCAAUAUGAAACUAAGACAUAAAGUUGUCAGAGAGCAAGUGCUCAUCUACAGCAUGGCCUUCUAAGAGACUCAUCUUUCAAGAGUUUAUGCAAGAUCACUCUCCCGUGGACUGUGCAGGAAGAACUGUAAAAGCAUGGGACUAGUAGCAGAAACACAGAGGGAAUAAAACAUCAAAAAGGUUUCCUUUCCUACAACAUUUUGUUGGACUGACACAUCUAUUACAUAACUAUCAUUUAUAUUUUGUCCAUUUUUUCCUUAGUGGGAAGUAUCUGUGGAAUCAAACUAAACAAUAUCACUCCUUGAUAGUACUCCUUGAUAAUUUAAUAAUAAAAAUCCUUCAACAAAAAUUGGAAACCAAAACUAUAUUUUCACUUUUUUUUUUUUAACAAACACCAAUGGAGUUGAAUCUUUAUUGUUCCACAGGCAACUGUGGGGCUCUAAAUCAGGAUUAGCAUUUUGUUCAAAGAAUGUGGAGAAUAAAUAUUUGUAUUUAAUUUCAUCUUAGAGUGAGAAAAAGGAUAUAGCUUGCAGUGUCCCCUCAUCCCCCACUGCGGGGUAUAAAAGCAGUAACACUAAAAGAUGUGGUCUACUACAUUCUACUUCUCUGCAUGAGCAUGAGCAAAGUCAGUUUCUGGAACUGCUACCUUGACAAUGAGCAUCCAGAAGACCCAUGGUAGGAAAAAGGAUCUGAACCAGGAACGUGACAGCUCUUCUAAAUUUGUCAAUGUUUGGGACAUUCUUUAGAUUUCAAUUAAUGGGGUGACUUAAAAACUCAAUGAGGAAUAUGGUGAAAAAAAAGACAGCCAAAGAAUAUAUGUGCAUAUUAUUCGUACAGUUUUUUGAGUUGUUAGUCAGGUGAAGGGUUUAUUAUAUAUUAUACCUUAUUGUUUAAUCACGUAUGGAGUAGAGUCUGCAUCUCUAAAUGUAUAAAGCAUAAGGUAAAGAAAAAAAAAGAUGCAUGGAAAUAUUAAGCAAACAUAAGCUUCCAGAACAUCACUUUCACAAGUAAUAUUACCAGGAAGUUAAUUUGUUUUCUAGUUUGUUUCAGUUUAUUUUAAAUUAUCAUCUGCUUUUGGCAAGAAAAAGUAUAUCCUUUGAUAUAGAAAAAACUAGUCUUUAGGGAAUAGAGGGUUAGAUCAAGAGUUAAAUUCCCAAAGAAAAAGUGAAUGUAUGAAGAGAACAAACAAAGCAUGUACCAGCAUACACUAUUGUUGAAUUGAUACAUGGUGACCGUGUGUGCGCGCGCGUGUGUGUGCAUGUGUGUAGAAAUAAAGCAAUAGUCUUAGAAAAUAAAACUGGAACAUAGGUAAUGAAAACAUAUACUUACCCCAUAUUGCCAUAAAUAUAGCAAAGAAGACUGUCCCUCCAUUAUCAAACAAAUAUGUCACCUUAAUGGGAGAAAAACCCAAAAAUAUUAAUCAUACUACUGAUCGUAAUAAUCUGGUGACUACUAUUUGAAUGCAGGCAAUAUGAUUUUUUCCCAAAUAAAAUCACAGUAUUUUUCACAGUUUGUGAAUGUAUUAUAAAAGAGCCUUUCAUGGGUUCUGCAAGAGUUUUAUGUAAUUUUCUCAUAGGAAGAAGUGAGAGAGCAAUGUUUUCCUCUUUUCUUCUCUUAUCUCUUAGAACACGACCUGCUCUUCUGGUUAGAAGCAUUUCUAGCACCACGAGGAAGCAUCUGUGGGACACAGAUAGUCAAACUACCAUGUAGGAUGUAAGAACUUAGCUUUUCAGAUAACCUAGAUGCAUUUCCUAUUAGCACAACUUCCACAAAUGGGGAAGCUGCCAAUUGCAGAAUUCUGCCAGUGCGCUAACACUUCCAAAGGAAAGGCAUCAUGGUAGUAUCACUCUCCUGCUUUCAGAACAUGCCCUGCUAGAGAAGCUUUUAACAUGUAAUAAAUCUACUCUGAGGCUGUUUUAAGAAGUUUCCAUGAAUCAUCAGUUAUGAUAGAGUUCAAAUGUUUUUCAAUCAGAUAUCACCUGAAGUUGGGUAAAGAACAAGGUACAGUUAUGUGAUGUCAUUGAAUACAACAUAAUCCUUGAGGUUGUAAGAACUGUUUGAUUUAAUAAAAUUCAAAUUUAAAAUACUCAA